ACACACAGAGAACUGAUAACAUUAGAACGCUGAAAACUGUAGAAGCUCCAGUCGGUAAUAUUAUCUGAAACAAUCUGCAUUCGUUGUUUGGUAGCUUUCUCUCUUUCUCUCUCUCUCUCUCUCUCUCUCUCUCUCUCUCAGUUCUAUCCAGUUUGCUGAUGGAGCGAUGCUGUAGGGGUUGACCCUUUUGCCUCUUCUAGUGUUGUAUCUGCUUCUGCCCCAUCCAAACCUGUUUCCCCUUUACCCUGGAGCUUCAACUGUACAGCAAUGGUGGAUGUAAUCAAAUGGCCACUGUUUAGCCUCUUGAGUGAACAGGACGCUGCUUCAAUACGUCAGGCGUGCGUGUUUGGAACAUCUGCCAAUGAGGCGAUCUACAUCACCCAUGAUAACGAGGUGUACGUCUUUGGGCUGAACUGCAGCAACUGCCUGGGCACAGGGGACAGCACAAGCAUCAUCGUCCCUAAAAAGCUAAACUGUCUGAGUGGGAAGAAGGUGGUCAGUCUAAGCUAUGGCAGUGGGCCACAUGUGCUGCUCACAACAGAUGAAGGCCAGCUGUACGCAUGGGGACAUAACGGAUACAGUCAGCUAGGGAACGGUACCACCAAUCAGGGAGUGUCUCCUGUGCUUGUAUCUACUAACCUCCAGAGCAAGAGGGUGAUAGAGGUGGCUUGUGGAUCACACCAUUCAGUCGCCCUGACCCAUGAUGGAGAGGUGUUUGCUUGGGGCUAUAAUAACUGCGGUCAAGUAGGAUCAGGUUCCACGUCUAACCAGCCCACACCACGCAGGGUCUCCAGCUGCCUCCUUAACAAAGUAGUGGUCAGCAUAGCCUGUGGUCAGACUUCUUCCAUGGCGGUAACGGACAACGGAGAGGUGUACGGUUGGGGAUACAAUGGUAAUGGACAGCUUGGUUUGGGGAACAAUGGAAAUCAGUUGACACCAUGUCGUCUAGCAGGGCUGCAGAGUGUUUGCAUCAUGCAGAUAGCCUGUGGUUAUGCCCACUCACUUGCACUAACAGACGAGGGACUGUUAUACGCAUGGGGAGCCAACACUUAUGGCCAACUUGGCACAGGCAACAAGAGCAAUCAGCUUAGCCCUGUUCAGGUCAUGGCUGAGAAAGAGAGGAUUGUGGAGGUAGCAGCCUGUCACUCCACACACACCUCGGCAGCGAAGACGCAGAGUGGCCGGGUGUAUAUGUGGGGCCAGUGCAGAGGCCAGUCCAUUGUCUUACCCCACCACACUCAUUUCAGCUGCACCGACGACGUCUUCGCCUGCUUUGCAACACCGUCUGUCAUGUGGAGACUCCUGUCCAUGGAGCACGAUGAUUUCCUGACUGUGGCCGAGUCUCUGAAGAAAGAGUUUGACAGCCCUGAGACUUCAGACCUCAAAUUCAGCGUUGAGGCCAAAUUCAUUCAUGUCCACAAAGCAGUGCUUAAAAUUAGAUGUGAACACUUCAGAUCCAUGUUUAAUUCCAAGUGGAAUGAAGAUAUGAAAGAGGUGAUUGAGAUCGAUCAGUUCUCCUACCCAGUGUACAGGUCCUUCCUCAAGUUCCUCUACACGGACACAGUAGAUCUUCCUCCAGAGGAUGCUAUUGGACUGCUGGAUCUGGCAACUUCGUACUGUGAGAACAGGCUAAAGCGGCUAUGUCAGCACAUCAUAAAGCGGGGCAUCACUGUGGAAAAUGCUUUCUCCCUGCUUUCUGCUGCAGUCAGAUACGACGCUGAGGAUCUUGAAGAAUUCUGCUUUAAGUUCUGUGUGGACCAUCUGACCGAGGUGACUCAGACUGCAGCAUUCUGGCAGUUUGACGGGAACAUGCUGAAGGAGUUUAUCUGUAGAGCCAGCCGCUGUGGAGCUUUUAAAAACUAAAUAAUCAGCUAAAUUUUCCCAUGAGUGCAGCUGUUACUACAAACUCAUCUUCACCACUAGAGGGCACUCUGCUCGACUGUUACCGCCUGCAUUUUGAGCCCUUUUGCUUUAUUACAGAUAUCCGAGAAGGAGAAUUUUUGUUUAUUCCCAUGGAGUGAACAAUUUUUUGAUAAAGGGUUGUUGAAAUUAUCUUAAUAGAUGCUUUCUAGGAGAAAUAGAUUUUUCUUUAUGGGGAGUUGUUUUGUUUCACAGUAGAUAUUGUAUUAAAGGUUUGGUGCACGAUGUUUGAGAAAUGCUUCAGAAAACUGAGUCGGGCCGACUAACAAAACAAACGUGUAGCCAAUGAGCAGAAAGGAGCGUGUCUUGUCAAUAUGGGCAGAGAGAGUGUUCAGUGCACAUGUCUGACAUUAGCUGCAAGCGAUUGAAACAAUGACAUGGCGGAUAAAAAUGAAAAGCGAAAAAAGGCUUACGAUAAGGCACGAAGCAGGACCCGUGUUGAUAUAGGAUCAGCUUUCCAGCGCUGGAGAGAACUGAACGUCUUCCGCGUGAAACAGAGCUAAACCUUUCACGGUACAACACGCAGUACUACAUAAACACAUUUGUAUUACCAUAGUAUUACUUCAUUAGUUCAUUUAUUGAUUAAAAUAUCCCCUCGGCCAGCUGCCCCAGCAGGUUCCGCCAUAAUAGUUGCCUGGGUUACUUAUGUACAGGUAUGUGUGGGGCGGAACUAUCAAAACAGGGGUGACAUCUAUUUGGGUUAGGGGCGUGUUUGUUUAGGUGAUUUCAAAUGUCAACAUUGGCUUUCAAACAUUGUGCACCCCACCUUUAAUAGGAAGUAAUAGACAUUGUUUUUCCAUUAGACUUUACAGCACUUGGGUUGACAAUUAGAGAUGCUCCGAUCAGCAUUUUUGGAGCCGAUUACCGAUCACCAAGAUCAUGAUCUGCCGAUUGCCGAUCACAGAAUGGCAGGGGUAUGGGAAUCUUUUAUCUAUAAUCUAGCAGAGUUUGCACCAUUUUUAGAAAUGAAAUUAACUCUAAAUUAACUGUAUUGAGAAAAAAAACUGUAGAAAUUGGCUACAGUCAAGAUCUUGAAGAACCACCAAGUGUUUAUUUUAGAAAAUGAGAACUUAAGGCUACUGUAAGACAUUUCCCAAAUAAGGCAGAGUAACUUAAAAUUAUUCCAAACAAAGAGGGGUCAGGCAGACCAACACACAUCAGAUCAGCUUAAUGGGAUGUAGCCUCUUAAUACACUGAUUACAUUUUAUAAUUGGCAGCAAAAUGUAAAACUUGUUACACCAAAACUGGCUACUGCCACAAAUUACAAAACUAUGGCAAGUGUUUUUUUUCUGUUAUUAUUAUUAUGAACGUCUGAUGUAGUUGAGAAACCAACUACAUCAGAUCCAAAAAAUUAAAUAAUGAAAGCUACUGUAAGCCAAUGCCAUCCUUUCUAAAUAACAAGGCAGAGAAACAAGGAGGCCAAGCAGAUAGUUACCAACCAGAUGAACUUGGGAUGGUAUGAGGUUACAAAGGCCCAGGCUACUUGUAAAAUGUAAAUAAAAUGUAAAUAAAAUUUAAUAUAUUAAAAUUAAACAAUUGGCCACAAAAAUGUUUCAACCAAAACAUGUUGGGCCUCGGCCUACUAACACAGAGUACAAAAUCCUUCAGGUCUCAUAAAAGGCAUCACUCACACUCACAUCACUACUAGUUUAAAUGCAUCACUCACAGUUGGCUGGUUGAGGGAUGGGGAUGUUGUUAGCUUCGGCUGGUUUAGUUUCUCAUACUCGGCAUAUUCAGUUGUAUGGCGUGUUCUAAGAUGCCUAAUCAUGUUAGUGGUAUUAAAAUGCCGUUGCUUGCUUCCACCUCGAGGGAUUUCAUCACGACAUACAUUGCAAACGGCUGACUUUACGUCUUUAUCGGACACUGAAAAACUUCCUGACGGGAGAACUCAUGUUGCCACUGGUAAGCUCUGCUCUGCUGUUGUUUACCUGUGCGCCGUGCAUGCACGUGUGAAAAAGUCGCGCGAGUAAUUUACGUCACGUGAUCGGCUUUUUUGAUUUUUAGCUAUUUUUAGCCAAUAUCGGCCGAUCAUGAUUGGUGGCCGAUCAAUCGGAGCAUCACUAUUGACAAUGGCAGUUAGGUCAUCUUCACUUCUGUUACAGAGAUGUGUAACCUGUCAGUCUUUAACUCUAUAAUCCUCGCUGGAAUCUCAGUUUAAUUUACAAUUGACAGUGUAGAGUCAUGGUAAUGUCCUAACAUGCCUGCUGGCCUUAUUGGGCUUGUUUGGACUGUAGUGGGAACUGAAUAACACGUUUUUUUAUGGUAUUUCGAACAUGUUGCUAUGCUGUGCAUCAUUGUACAAUAUUUUUGCCCCAACAACACUAAACCCCAAUCCUUACCCCAAUGACAUCACAUUCCAAUUGGCAGAGCCAGGGUUAAAGCAACAAGAGAGAUUAAUGGGAGUUUUCUUUCCUAAUCUGGUGCGACUCAGUUAUUAUUCAUUUCAGUUGGAGCACCUCUUAUGUUCGCUGCUCCAGUGUUGAUCAUGACACUUUAGCAAAGUCUUUAAUUCACUGCAUUCCAUAUGUAGAGACAUACAUCACUACACAUGUCCACUUGAGGAAACCUCUUUUUUUAAUCAGAAAUUCCAUGGAUGCUCAGUUGAAGUUUCAGUGCUUAAUCUACAAGACCUAUUGGCUGAGAAUUUUAGGCAAACAACCAGCUGGGCACAAAGCUGCACAUUAAAAUGCACUGUUCCCUAUAGUUAAUGACUGCACAGACAUCAUUUUCAUUUUUUAUGACUUUGUGUUUAUGAUAAAUGCUUGUGAAUAUAUAUAUAUAAAAAAAAGGGCAAAAAGUUUAUUUUUUGUGAAAUGUAUAUAUUGUAUAGGUUUUGAAAUAAAUUUAAAAUGAAGUGAUUUAAAAUAAA